CCAACAGAGCUGUUGCAUCUCCCCCUGUCUUCUGUUUUUUUGUUGGGGAGAGAAAAAGAAUAAUUCGCCCUCUUGGGAUUUAAAACGUUGCUGGAAGAACUCUGCGCAAAUGGAGGAAAUCUGGACGCCUGAAGUCUGAGAAUGUUGUCUUUGAAAGCUCAGGGAAGAAGUAGCAGGGAGAAAAACACAACCCAGUGUGCCUGAAAAUGACAACAAAGCGGAACUUGUUUGUGAGGUUGGUGCCAUGCCGCUGUUUGCGUGGAGAAGAGGAAACUGUCACUGCACUUGAUUAUUCUCACUGCAGCCUGGAGCAGGUGCCUAAGGAGAUUUUUACUUUUGAAAAAACAUUGGAGGAACUCUAUCUCGAUGCUAAUCAGAUUGAAGAACUUCCAAAGCAACUUUUUAAUUGUCAGUCUCUGCACAAGUUGAGUUUGCCAGACAAUGAUCUAACAACAUUGCCUGCAUCCAUAGCAAAUCUCAUUAACCUCAGGGAACUGGAUGUCAGCAAGAAUGGCAUACAGGAGUUUCCAGAAAAUAUCAAAAACUGUAAAGUUUUGGCAAUUGUUGAAGCCAGUGUAAAUCCCAUUUCAAAGCUACCAGAUGGAUUUUCCCAGUUGUUAAACCUAACACAGCUAUACCUGAAUGAUGCUUUCCUUGAGUUUUUACCCGCCAAUUUUGGCAGAUUAACUAAACUCCAGAUUUUGGAGCUUAGAGAAAACCAGUUAAAAAUGUUGCCAAAAACCAUGAACAGACUGACUCAGCUGGAGAGGCUAGACCUCGGAAGUAAUGAAUUCACAGAAGUGCCUGAAGUACUUGAACAGUUAAGUGGGUUAAAAGAAUUUUGGAUGGAUGGUAACAGAUUAACUCUUAUUCCAGGGUUUAUGGGCAGUUUGAAACAUCUGAUCUACUUGGAUGUUUCCAAAAACAACAUUGAAACCCUUGAAGAAGGCAUUUCAGGAUGUGAAAGUUUACAAGACCUGCUGUUAUCUAGUAAUUCACUGCAGCAGUUGCCAGAGUCUAUUGGUUGUCUAAAGAAAUUAGCAAUUCUUAAAAUUGAUGAAAAUCAGCUAAUGUAUUUGCCAGAUUCCAUAGGAGGGUUAACAUCAGUUGAGGAACUGGACUGUAGUUUUAAUGAGAUUGAAGCCUUGCCUUCAUCUGUUGGGCAGCUCUCCAAUAUAAGGACUUUUGCUGCGGAUCAUAACUUCUUAACACAGUUGCCACCAGAGAUUGGAAACUGGAAAUAUGUUACUGUUUUGUUUUUACAUUCAAAUAAGCUGGAGUUCCUCCCAGAGGAAAUGGGUGAUAUGCAGAAAUUGAAAGUCAUCAACCUAAGUGAUAAUAGAUUGAAAUAUUUGCCAUACAGUUUUACAAAGCUUCAACAGCUGACUGCCAUGUGGCUCUCAGAUAAUCAGUCUAAACCACUCAUUCCCCUUCAAAAAGAAGUUGAAUCAGAAACACAGAAAACAGUACUUACUAAUUAUAUGUUCCCUCAACAACCAAGAUCUGAAGAUGUUAUGUUCAUAUCUGAUAAUGAAAGUUUCAAUCCUUCGCUAUGGGAGGAACAGAGGAAGCAGCGUGCACAAGUGGCUUUUGAAUGUGAUGAAGAUAAAGAUGAAAGGGAAGCUCCACCCAGGGAAGGUAAUUUGAAGAGGUAUCCAACACCAUAUCCCGAUGAGCUAAAGAACAUGGUUAAAACAGUUCAAACAAUAGUACACAGGUUGAAAGAUGAAGAGAAUACAGAAGAUACUAGCAAAGAAACAAAGCCAGAGAAUCAGCAGGUUAUAGUGAAGGAUGUCGGUGUAAAGACUUCAGAGGUUACACCAGUGAAGAACAAAAUGGAGAAUGAGCACAAUAUAAUGGGAAAUUGUGUGCAGAAGCUUAAUGAGUCAGAUGCUGAUAACAGUUCUGGAAAUGUGCAGACAAGUGCUCAAGUUAAAACAUCAGAGAACACAAAGCCAAUUGCUAAUCAUGAAGAUAUUCUUGAGCAUGAAUCAGAAGAUCUAUCCUCUGAUGAAGAAAUGAAAAUUGCAGAAAUGAGACCACCUCUCAUAGAAACAUCAAUUAACCAGCCAAAAGUUGUAGCACUUGGCAGUAGCAAAAAGGAUGACAGUAAAGAUAUGGAUUCCUUAUCAGAUGACCCAACCCACAACAGCAAUCAGAAUAACAGCAAUUGUUCCUCUCCUUCACGAAUGUCUGAUUCAGUUUCUUUAAAUACUGACAGUAGCCGAGAAGCAUCACUGAGUUCUCCAGACAAAGAAAUUAACUUGGCUGUCUCUUCCAAAAUCAGGCAAGAAGAUGAAAAUUAUAAUAGUCUCUUACAAAAUGGAGGUGAAAUAAAUGUUACAGCAGAAGAAAAACUGGAUGUUCAAAAUGCAGUAACUAAUUUCAGUGAAUUUAGAUUCAGCAUUGAAGAGAAAUUGGCUCUAAUAGAGAGAGGAGUUGAGCUCACUAGUGCUACUGAUGAGUCCCACAAAUUACACCAAAUUAAUAAGAAUAUCUGUAAAUUGACUGAAGAGGAGAGGACACAACCAAAUGUACAGGAAGAAAUAAAAACACAGGAAAUAUCAGUAAAGGGAUUUUUAAACAAUAAUAAUAAAGAAGUAAUUGAGCACUUGGAAAAUGGAAAUAGAUAUUCUAAUCUGUGUCCUCUGAACAAUGUUAAUGGACAUUCUGACGAAGUGCCUCUCUCUUCAGGAAGAUCAGAGCUGAAGAGAAGUGCUACUAUUGAAACUGAUUCUUCUUCAGAAAUGGGUCUUUCAAAGAGUACUGAAGAUCUGUCUCCACAGAGGAGUGGGCCAGUUGUAAAAUCUCAUAGCAUAACUAAUAUGGAGACAGGUGCUCUGAAAAUCUAUGAUAUUAUCAAUGACAGUGGAUCCCAGCAGCAAACUCCAGUAGUAAAAUCAACAGCCAUAGUUCCAGAAGGAAAAAAUAUAGUCCGAAGCAAGUCAGCUACUCUCCUGUAUGACCAGCCAUUGCAAGUAUUUUCUGGGUGUUCGUCAUCAUCUGAUUUAAUAUCCACAAAAACAGUUUUCAAAUUUGAUUCAAAUCACAAUCCUGAGGGUACUAGUAUGAUAAAAGGACAAGGGACAAAUACUUCACAACCAUUCAGUCCACCCCAGUAUAAUAUCCAAUACAGUAGCAGUAUAGCAGCCAAAGAAUCCUUGUGGCCCCCAAAGCAAAAUUCCCUAGUUGAACAAAGCUGCUUACCUCCUCAACGCUUGCCAAGGUCAGAAACUGUAGAUAGCUGCAAUUCUGUGAAACAUUCUGCCAACAUGAAUUUCUCUAAUCAUAAUAAUGUUAGAGCUACUGCUGCAUACACUAUGCAUCAAAGAAUGGGUGGGAGGCAUGCUGAGAUGUGGGCUGUUCCACCGAAUGACAGACUUGUUUCUGGAGCAACUCGAAAUACUCUCCAGCGUCAGAGCAGUGUCUCAUCUACUGCUUCAAUGAACGUAGCUGAUUCUGGACCUCCACGGCGACCUCCGGUUCCCGAAAGAGAUUAUUUAACAUACAGGGAUUUACACUCUAUGGGAAGAGUCCCACCUAUGAUGUCAGGACCACAGAGACCACUUUCUGCUAGAACCUAUAGUGUGGAUGGGCCAAAUGUUCCUCGACCUCAGAGUGCUCGCCCUUCACCAAAUGAAAUACCAGAGAGAACUAUGUCAGUUAGUGACUUCAAUUACUCAAGGACUAGUCCUUCUAAACGAGCAAACCCUAGAGUAAAUUCUGAACAUUCUCUGCUGGACCCUCCAGGAAAAAGUAAAGUUCCUCCUGACUGGCGGGAACAGGUGCUGCGACACAUUGAGGCCAAAAAAUUGGAAAAGAGCAUGCUGUCUAGGUCCUUUAAUUCCAAUUAUGCUCCAGUUAGCAACUUUUACUAUGGCAGCUCUAGGGAUCUGCAUGGCAGCCAAGGCAAUGUUGCCUUGAGUGUUGCAGACGGAAGGAGCUCUGGUGUUCACAUUGUUCGUCAUCCUCAAACAUCCAUCCCAGGAGAUCAAUGCCAAGAGGACGUAUUUAUUUCCGGUCAGCAGAACUACACAUCAACCCCACUCAGUCUCAAAGAUGUUGCUCCAGAUAGCAUUAAGAAGCUUCCUGUGCAGAUACCAUUGACAAAUGGACAAAUGUGCCAGCCCCCAAGACCUCAGGCAAACUACAGUCAAGUCCAUCAUGCUGCACCUCAAGCCUCUGUGGCAAGACAUCCUUCUAGAGAGCAACUGAUUGAUUAUCUGAUGCUUAAAGUUGCUCAUCAGCCUCCCUAUACUCAGGCCCAAGGUCCAGUCAGGCAUGAGCUGUCAAAGCAUGAGAUGCGAGUGAGAAUUGAAAAGGAUCCAGAGCUUGGAUUUAGUAUAUCUGGAGGAAUUGGUGGUAGAGGAAACCCCUUCAAACCUGAUGACGAUGGUAUAUUUGUAACCAGAGUACAACCUGAAGGACCAGCAUCCAAGUUGUUGCAGCCAGGAGAUAAAAUUAUUCAGGCUAAUGGAUAUAGCUUCAUCAAUAUUGACCAUGGGCAUGCGGUAUCUUUACUAAAGACUUUCCAGAACACGGUGGAACUCAUCAUUGUUCGAGAGCUUUCUUAAAUACUGUGGAGGAAGGACAGACGUCCAUGCGAUCCUCUGAAAGACUUGGAAACUGAAUAUUUUGACUAUUUUUAUAUACAAAAAAACUUUUAAAAUUAUGUACAAUAAUAAAAUAAUGAACUUGUGGUUAUGGGGGAAAACCACUGUAAAGAACAUAGAUGAAACCAUUUUGAAAAUGCAACUGGCAACAGACAUUGUAGCAAUCAGUGAUCACUCCUCCAAGAACAAACCUGUGGUGUAUUUUGUACAGAUGGUAGGUUUAUUUUUGGAUAAUUCAUAUACAUUACUAAACUUUGUGUAAAUGGAGCCUCCAUUGUAUCCAAUGGACAGAUGGCAGGGCUUUCUGUCCUGUAGCUGUUUGUUGCCUUUUUUGGUUUAUUUGUUCACCUCAUUUUACUGUCUUUUUAAAAACCACUUCUGUAGAUGUGGAUAGGAGAUGUGAAAUGCUGGCUUUGAUAUGUGAUUAUUUGUAUAGAUGAAUGGGUAGAUGGAAAGUGGGGCUGGCUGGAUUAAUUUAAGAGGCCAGGUACAAUGGCUUUGAAAGUAUAGAAUUAAGAAAGGAAGGGUGGAAAAGAGUUUACAUGAGAAUGUAUAUCUACCAAUAGAAAAAAAUGCAAUAAAAUGUGAUAUCUUUUUAGGGAGACUAUAAACACCAUUCUGGGAGUUCUACAGACUAUCUCAUAUCACAUCUACUGACUAUCUUAUUUCCUACAUAUAAUUCAAUUUUAAGUGUUUGUUUUAAAUCACAUCUAUUUUUUCCAUUUCUACUGUGGAAUUUUACAAAAAUCCCCACUUAUGUGCAAAAGGGUGAUUUUUUUCUGCCUUGUAUUAUUAUUACAUAUUCAAUUUAGAGGAUUUAAAAAAAAACGAAUGAAACUGAAAUGGCCAGGUUUUUUUUACUGUGUUGACUGUGUGCAACUCACAUCAUGUACGUAUAUCACACAUGUGCAUGUUCCAGACCUCUAAUCAUUUUGCCAGAAAAAGUGUCAUUCUUUCUAAUGGGGCUCGUUGCAGUGAGCCCCGCGAAGAUUGGGCUGCCCAGGGAUGAAUGGUUCAAGGAGGGUUAGGAAAGAAGUCUUGAUUUUAUUUGGCCUUGAAUUGCCUUGUUAUCAUGAAAGGAAACAAUACGUAGGGAGCUAAGUAACCAAAGCCAGUUUUUUUAAUGGAACUGUUGCACAGCGAUGGGAGAAAUGCCGUUGGGAAAUUGUGGGGCAAAGGGAUGGGUGCUAUUAACCCACCGGUUUGUAAUGAUCUUUCUCAAAGGGCUGUUCCUACAGGUGAUGUUAAAUGUGAACUAGACACUUCAGAGUCAUUAAAGGGUUUCUACGUAUAUUAAUGUAAUAGUGAUUUACCACAGGCUGCCUUUGUUCCUUAUUACUUGUAUAAAAUAUUGGCUUAUACAUAAUUAAUCUUGUUUAUGACAGACAUUAUGUUUGUUUCUUCUUUUUCCUUGUAUGACAGAUAUGAAAUUGCCUAACUUGUUAGAUAAUAAUACAUGGUUAUUAUGGACCAGAGAAAAGUGCCAUAGAAGACCAGUAACUGUUUUUUUUUAAGUCAAAUGAUUAACCAUCAUUGGAGCAAUAUUCAGUAACUACAAUUUUUAAUAAAUAGAAAUUGGCAGAUUUUAAAAGAGAUAUAGCAAAAGCACCAGCCUAUUGUAGUUAUUUGGAAAGACUUGCUGGAAUAGAAAGGAAAUCUGCAUCUAGUCAGUACUUUCUAAGUAUAUAAACUUCAGUGACAUUGCACUUCAAAGAAGUUAUCAUCUGCAUAUUGUAAUAUGUAUAGUUUUAAAUAAUUUUAAUUGAAACCCUUUAACAACUCUUUGUACAUUAAUUUUAGUUGAUUUCAUUAAUAUUUACAUAGGAAUUGAUUUUUAUAUUAGCAAAAAUGUGUUGUAUUUUGGUAAAGAUUUACUUAUUUUCUGUGUGUGCUGUUUAAUCUUUAAAGGAAAAACAAGAAACAUAGCUAUAUAAUGGCAGGCUUCAGUGUUACCUUGCUUCUAAAAGUGUCUUCUUUUUAAUUUCUCUGCUUUUUAUUGACAGUUUAAACAUCACCACUCAUCAGUAACCUCAGCAUUUUAAAGGGAAUAGAACAGAUCAGUCUUAAUCUGACUGAGACAUUAAACUGUCAUUAUGAGGAUAUCAAGUCCUAAACUGGAACUGAUUCUUUAUUGAUCAUGGACAUAGUUUGUAUUUUUAUACAAGGCAUCAGUUUGUAAUAAGGUGUUGAAAUAAAGGGCAUUUCAUAUGAAACGACAAGCAUUUUGUAACCUAAGCUAUUCAAAUUUAACUAAAUUUGUAUAUAGCGAUGCUGCCAAAAUGAUCGUAGCUUGUUAGGAUGAAUUUAAAGUAAGAGACUUGGUGCUUUUAAUUUGUUGUGAAAAAGAAGAAAAAAUAUCUUUGCAAUAUUUUUGAUGGCUGUUGUCUCUCGGGGAAAUAACACAUUUUUAAAUGUGAUAUUCUGUUUGUAUACGGAGAUGGUCAGAAUACUCUUUCUUGAGAGAUGCUGUGGAAAGAAGAGGCCAGAAUACAAGGAAAGAGCUCCCAUGCUAUUUUCAGUAAUGUUUCUAAUCUUGUCAAAUAAGAUAUAUUUGUGGACUAUGGAGCAGAACAAAUUAAAUAUUUGUCAGGUCCAUAUUCUUUCACAGCAGGUCAUUAAAGAAUCAGUUCAAAUUAAAAUUCUGGUUUAAAAAACCCAAAUAUUUAUUGUGUAAAUAUUUUUUUUUACUUUUUGACUAGAGUUUCAGAAACGUGUAUAUACUUGAACACAUCCUUUGAACACAAUCAUAGCAAUAAGCAAAACACAGAAAUCAAGCCUUUAUCAUUAAUUUGCAGUGUACUACUUUUUAAAAAAGUAAUUAUUUCCUUGUCAUCAGCUAUGUAAUGUUUUUAUUGAUCACCAUUUAGUCAGCAUUCCAAAAUUUUGUAUAUAAUUAAAAUUGUUUCUGAAGUAACACAUGGAGAAUAGAUAAUAAACUAAUGCUCUUUAAAA